AUGAGCAGAGAAACGCCUAUGAGUACUGCAUUGGCAAAUCAUUUUAAACUCUCUUUGGAACAAUAUGUGAAGACUGACUCAGAAAUUGAAGACAUGUCUAAAAUUCCUUAUUCUAGUGCAGAUGGUUGUUUGAUGUAUUUUAUGGUUUGCACUAGACCGAAUUUGGCUCAAGUCGUUAGUCUAGUGUGCAAGUUCAUGUCCAAACUAGGGAAGCAACAUUGGGAAGUAGUCAAGUGGAUCCUAAGGUACUUGAAAGUUAUAAUACAUCAUGGUAUCAUGUUCAACAAUGAGCAGGGUGUUCCAUCAAAUGUGGGAUAUGUGGAUUCUGACUAUGCAGGUGACCUGGAUGAUAGGAGGUCUACAACGGGGUAUGUCUUUACUCUUGUGGGGGGACCUACAUGCUGGAAAUCAUCAGUUCAAUCCAUAGUAGCUAUUCUUACAACUGAGGCAGAAUACAUGAUUGUAGAUGAAGCCGCAGAGGAAGCAUUAUGGCUUACAAGGUGGUGUACUGCAUCACUCUCCAAGACGAAUCGUUACGCAAGAAGUCUUCAUAAAUGUUUGAUAUUCGCCCAGGUUGUUGAGAGAAUAGUUAAUAUUGGUGAUAUAAUAAUGGAUAGAGAUAAUUUUUUGUUGAGAGAAACUAUGGAUUGA